GAGUCAUAUAAGAGACCCGUGACAACAUUCCGGGGACGCUAUCGUUGGUUUGGAUACACACCUGCUACUCCCCUCGGCCCCGAUUCUGACGCCACUUGCUCUUUCGACCUUCCAUCUCCUUUCCCUAUUCCUCCCGGGCUCCAAUGUCCUUAUCCCCGACCACACGACUGAGCAGGCUUUCCCUAGAGUGUAACUCGGUCAUUCCUCUAGACAAGGGCCGGAUGUCAUCCCCACGCACACCCGCUCCGAUGCCUGACUCCGGGCACGCUUCGGACGCCAGUGACUGGGAGAUUGAAGAGGAGGAGGAGGAUGAAGAGGGUACAAACGUUGUGUCGUCGCCCACGGGGUUCAAGUACAACGUAUCCCGGCUCUCGCCAGAAGCCCGGCAGGCGGCCAAGGGGCUCUUCAACCAGACAUCCCCCAGAGAACCCCCUCAGAUAUCACUCGAGCUCUGCGGCGUGAGAGAGGAGGACUCGGAAGGUGCCGGCUUCUUCUACGCCUUCCAGAUGCACGAGGUGGUGCCGUGCUCUGUAAGGAUCGGUGCCCGGGACAGCGGGAGGUUCUCAACCCCAAAGUGCGAGUGCCCCGAUGCGAGAUACGGCCAAGCAAGCCCCUGCAAGCACCUCAUCUGGCUCUUCGAUAAGAUCUCAAAACAAGCCCUUUUCGAUCACGAUCCUGACUCAGAGCUCAACUUGACCGAGUUUGGCUACCCCGAAGAGCUGGGCGACCCGUUCGACCAGAUAUCACAAAUCGGUCUCGACAUCCUUGCCGACGACCUCCGCUGCGACGCCUCCGAGCCCGACAGCGACAUCACCCCUCCCAACCCGACUCGUGUAAGAGAAGCACGAGAAAUGGUUGCUGCGGUAGCGGGCGUCCAGCCCUACGAGCUUGACGACUACAGGCCGGACCUAGAAGUCUCGUACAACCCCGACAACCUGAUACGCCGUGGCGAUCUGGGAGCGACCUUGUUCUCUCUCAUUCUCGCCUCACACUCGCUCGCAGAGUGGGUGCGCGCCGAGCUUAGCCCGUCCGACCCCGCGGUCGACCCCUUCCGAAGCAUCCAGUACCGAGUCAUCCGUGUCAUACAGCAACUAGACGCAUCCUUGGACCCAGAGCGCGACCCAACCGUCGCUGAGAGGCGAGAGAGGCGGACAGGGGCCCCUCGAAGCGUGGACUGGGCAUGCCGUCAAAUCCAGCACAGCGUAAGGCGGAUUGAGAAGCUUGUCUCCCGCGGCUCCAGUCCACUUUCCGGGUGGGCUCGGUCGUCCGCCGCCCGGUCUCUUGUUGUCAUUCUCAAGGCCGUAGUCGGACAGAAGGACCUGUAUGCACGUCUGGUCGGUGACCAUGACACAGGCUUCGUCUACUCGGCACUCGACAUGCUUGCCGACCAGAGCCAGUAUAUCGACGCGCUUGAAGAGAUCAUGGAGAAGAUCGGCGUGUACGGCGCACCGCCUUCCUAUGUCGCCAAUAUGCGGGGUCUGAUCGCCCGCAUGCGCAGUCACAAGGUCGAGGAUGUCGGUGCGGCCAGCGGGAGCGGCGUCCCAAGGAGCGAGACGCCGCCACUAGACCAACCAUCUCCGGGCGCUGUCCAACACCCCGAGCCAAGCCGCUCUAGCAGUAGCGUGCGGUUUCUCACCCCCGAUCUGCCGGCGAGCGCUCGGGGGCGUGGUGGUCAGGGCGGAGGCGGCCGCGGUAGGGGGGGUGGGAGGGGCAGUGGGAGAGGCGCAAAACGCCCGGUCUCCCAGGGCAGCUCGCAGGAGAGUCCAGGGGGGCCAAAGAAGAGACCUCGCGGAUCAUAAGCUCCGGAGCGAGGGUUCUUACAAACACAAACGAGCGCGACCAACGCGCGCUUAUUUAAACGGUACAAAAAACGUCAGGCGCGCUGGCCGCCUUGAUUCGAUCCAUGA